CAUCUCCUCUCUGUCACACUGUCAAAAUAAUCAUCUCGUUAAUCCCAUCACUCCAUACGGGUCAUUGCUUUCCCUUCUAAUCAUUGACUCUAUUUCCUGUGAUGGAAUUCGAGUAUUUUUCUUCAGCCAGUAGCGAUCGUAUGCACGAUGUGUUCAUCAAUUUCAGGGGAAAAGACACUCGUAGGAAUUUCGUUUCUCAUCUCUACGCUGCCCUCUCCAAUGCCGGAGUCAACACUUUCCUUGACGAAGCAGAUUUUCCCAAGGGAGCGGAUCUAAAAGAUGGACUAUUAGAUAGGAUUGCAAGCUCCCGGAUAUGUGUCGUUGUUUUCUCCAGAAACUACACUGAAUCUUCUUGGUGUCUUAACGAGUUGGAAAAAAUCAUUGAAUGCCACAAAACUUAUGGCCACAUAGUUUUGCCUGUAUUUUACCAUGUUGUUCCCUCCCAAGUUCGUCAUCAAACUGGAGAUUUUGGAAAUGUUUUGAAAGCAUUUGCACAGGAAAGAUCGUGGGGUGAAUCGGUGAUGUCGAGGUGGAACACCGCACUCACCGCAGCAACAAAUUUUUCUGGUUGGAAUGCCAGAAAUACCAGGAACCAGGCUCAAUUAGUGGGCGAAAUUGUUGAGGUCGUUCUCAAAAAACUAGACAACGCAUCUAUGUCUAUUACUGAAUUUCCUGUUGGCUUAGAAUCCCGUAUUCAAGAAGUGAUUGGCUUUACUAAAAGAGAAUUCUCCACAGUUUGCAUCAUAGGGAUAUGGGGAAUGGGAGGGUUGGGUAAAACUACCACAGCCAAAGCCACCUUCAAUCGGAUUCAUCGUAGAUUCACGGAUAAAUGUUUCAUUGAAGAUAUUCGAGAAGUUUGCGAAACAGAUCGUAGAGGCCAUGUUCAUUUGCAAGAACAACUUCUUUCGGGCAUCCUCAAAGCAAAGGUGAACAUAACAAGCGUUGGGAUGGGAAGGGACAUGUUGGAGAAUAAACUUUCUGUAAGAAAGGCACUCAUUGUUCUUGAUGAUGUUAAUGAGUUUGGCCAAUUAAAAGACCUAUGUGGAAAUCGUAAAUGGUUUGGUCAUGGAAGUGUAAUAAUCAUUACGACUAGAGAUGUACGCCUUCUUAAGAAACUUAAAGUUGAUUAUGUGUAUAAGAUAGAGGAAAUGAACGAAAAUGAGUCCCUUGAACUUUUUAGUUGGCAUGCUUUUAGAGAAGAAAAACCGAAAGAAGACUUCAAUGAAGUUGCAAGAAGUGUAGUUGGUUAUUGUGGAGGACUACCUCUAGCUUUGGAGGUUCUUGGUUCUUAUUUGAGUGAGAGGACAAAGAAGGAGUGGAAAAGUGUGUUGUCAAAGCUAAAAAAAAUUCCCAAUAAUCAAGUUCAAGAGAAACUGAGAAUAAGUUUUGACGGUUUACGCGAUCAGAUGGAAAAGGAUAUAUUUCUUGAUGUAUGUUGUUUCUUUAUUGGUAAAGACAGAGGCUAUGUUACAGAUAUACUAAAUGGCUGUGGACUACAUGCUGAUAUUGGAAUAACAGUUCUCAUAGAACGUAGCCUCAUAAAAGUUGUAAAGAGUAACAAACUCGCAAUGCAUGAUUUGCUAAGAGACAUGGGACGAGAGAUUAUUCGGGAAAGUUCAGCAAAGAGACUAGGGAAGCGCAGUCGAUUGUGGUUUCAUGAGGAUGUAGUUGAAGUAUUGACAAAAAAUACUGGGACAGAAGCUAUUGAGGGAUUGACUCUGAAAUUGCAGUUAACCAGCAGAGGUUGCUUCAAUACUUCUGUUUUUAAGAAAAUGCAGAGGUUGAGAUUAUUACAACUUGAUCAUGUAAACCUCACUGAAGAUUAUAGGUAUCUUCCUAAGCAACUGAGAUGGAUCUAUUGGAAAAGAUUUCCUUUAAAGUACAUACCUCACGACUUUUAUUUGGAAAGAGUAAUUGCGAUUGAUUUAAGGCACAGUAAUCUUAGACUAGUCUGGAAAGAACCCCAGGUUUUUCCGUGGAUGAAAGUCCUCAAUCUUAGUCAUUCCAAGUACUUGAUCAAAACCCCUGACUUUUCAGAAUUACCAAGUCUUGAAAAACUCAUUCUCAAAGAUUGUCCAAGUUUGUGCGAUGUACACCAGUCCGUUGGGAAUCUCCAAAAUCUUCAAUUGAUAAAUUUGAAGGACUGUACAAGACUUAGCAGUCUCCCAAGACAAACAUACAAGUUGAAAUCUUUGAAAACUCUCAUCCUAUCUGGUUGUUUGAAGAUAGACAAAUUGGAAGAAGAUAUAGGGCAAAUGGAAUCCUUGAGAACUCUACUUGCUAAAAAUACUGCAGUGAAACAAGUUCCCUUUUCAGUAGUAAGAUCAAAAAGCAUUGGAUAUAUAUCCCUAUGUGGAUUUGAAGGAUUAUCACGUAAUGUUUUUCCUUCUAUCAUUUGGUCUUGGAUGUCACCAACAAUGAAUCCUCUAUCUCGUAUUCAUUCAUUUAGUGGCACUUCAUCAUCUCUUGUCUCCAUGGAUAUGCAGAACAACGAUUUGAGUGAUCUAGCACCAGUGCUUAGCAAUCUUUCAAAUCUCCGAAGUCUUUUGGUGCAAUUCAAUACAGAGGUUCAAUUAUCUAAACAAUUAAGAACAGUUCUGGAUGGUGUAUAUGAUGUAAAUUUUCCUGGGUUAGAAGUAACAUCAUACACAUCACAAAUUUCAAAGGAUUGCUUGAAGUCUUAUUUGAUUGGCAUUGGAAGUUACGAAGAAGUCUUCAAUACUAUAUGCAAGAGCGUAUCUGAGGGAUUGGCAACCAGCGAAUCUUGUGAUGUUUUACUCCCAGGUGACAAUUAUCCUUAUUGGUUGGCCCAAACAGGAGAGGGACGUUCAGUGUCUUUCAUUGUGCCUGACGAUUGUUGCAUAAAGGGAAUGGCUUUGUGUGUUGUGUAUUUUUCAACCCCUGAAAACACGAUGACUGAAUAUCUUGUUAGUGUCUUAAUGGUUAAUUACACAAGGUGCACCAUCCAGAUAUACAAGCAUGACACAGUAAUUUCCUUUAAUGAUGAAGAUUGGCGUUGCAUAAUGUCACACUUAGGAUCUGGAGAAAAGGUGGAGAUUUUUGUGACUUUCGGGCAUGGAUUUGUAGUGAAGAAAACAGCUGUCUAUCUAAUGCGUGAUGAAUCAAGUGAUAUGGAAGUGGGUCUUUCUCCUAAGCCAAAUAAAAAUCUGUUUGUAAGAUUCAUGAAAAAAAUUGUCUCGAGUAAGAAUCAAGAACAUGUGCCAACCAAUUUCAAAUUCAUAGGGAGCAUGCCAUUGCUUCUGACCAUCACUGAAUUCGACCCCUCAGUUGAACCAUUACAAGUUAUGGACUCUCGUACCACCAUGAGACAUUCGCAGCUAAUUCCUCAAGUUUUAAUUCAAUCUUUAGAUUCUUCUAAUGCUAGCUGGGAGGAUGUUAAAAAGAUUAAAGAAAUUUUUCCUAAGUUCAACCUUGAGGAUAAGGUUGCUUUCGGUGGAAAUGGUAUUGUUAUUGUCGCUGCUGAAAUCAAGAAGCUGCUACUGUUCAUAUACAAUGAUUUCAUUACUUCUAUUCAUCGUCUCGUUAUUAACCAUAUUCACUUGCUCCUACAACUCUAUCGAUACCAAAUUGAAUCAACUUUCUUUCUUGCUUUUACCGUCUUGGUCUUGUUUCAUCGAAGUGCAUCAACAAUGUCUUACACUUCAUCAUCCUCAAAAUCUAAGCCCCGAUGGUUAUACGAUGUGUUCAUCAGCUUCCGGGGGGAAGACACUCGUAAGAAUUUCGUUUCUCAUCUCUAUUCCGCACUUUCAAAUGCCGGGGUCAAUACUUUUCUGGAUGAUGAGAAGCUUGCCAAGGGACAACAGCUGAAAACAGAACUGUUUCAUGCAAUAGAAGGGUCUCAAAUUUCCAUUGUUGUUUUAUCCGAAAACUACAUUUACUCUACAUGGUGUCUCGACGAACUUGUCAAAAUCAUGGAAUGCCAUGCUUUUAGAGGUCAAGUGGUUUUGCCCGUGUUUUACGGCGUUUUCCCUUGGUUUUUACGUAGCCUGUACGAUGUUUCUUUUGAAGUCAUUCUGGAAAAAGCUAGUGACCUCCACCGGGUGAAACAAUGGAAGAAAGCACUGGGCGAAGCAGCAGGUUUUGCAGGUUGGGAUGUUUCAAAUUAUAGAAAUGAAAACUUUGUUGUGAAGGAAAUUGUUAGUGAAGUUUUGGAAAGACUAGAUAGAACAUACAUGUCUAUUACAGACUUUCCAGUUGGAUUGGACUGUCGUGUGGAACAUUGUAUUGGCUUUCUAAGAAAGGAAACAAGAGGAGCUUAUAUACUAGGGAUUUGGGGAAUGGGAGGGAUUGGUAAAACAACCAUAGCCAAAGCCAUCUACAAUGAAAUUCGAUGUGAAUUUAAACAUAAAAGUUUCCUAGCAAAUAUUAGAGAAGUUUGGCAAAGAGAUCAAGGGCAGACUGAUUUACAAGAACGACUUCUUUCAGAUAUCCUGAAAACAGAAAAGGUGAAGGUUUAUAGCAGUGAUUGGGGAAAAGCUAUGAUCAAGGAAACGCUUUGCACCAAAAGAGUACUUGUUGUACUCGAUGAUGUUAAUACAUUGGAACAAUUAAGUGCACUAUGUGGAAAUGGUAAUGGGAUUGUUCAAGGAAGUGUAAUAAUCAUUACAACAAGAGAUGUACGUCUGCUCAAUGUUCUUGAUGUUGACCAAGUAUAUGAAGUGGAGGAAAUGAAUGAGAUUGAGUCCCUUGAACUUUUCAGUUGGCAUGCUUUUAAGGAAGCAAAUCCACCAGAAGCUUUCCUUGAACUCUCAAAACAAGUAGUCACUUACUGUGGAGCACUACCUCUAGCUCUUGAAGUUCUUGGAUCUUAUCUGUACAAGAGAAGAGAAAAACAGUGGCAAAGUGUAUUAUCAAAACUAAAAGAAAUACCAAAUGAUAAAAUACAAGAGAAAUUGAAAAUAAGCUAUGAUGGUUUAACCGAUCAUACGGAGAAGGACAUAUUCCUUGACAUAUGUUGCUUUUUUAUCGGUAAGGACAGAGGCUAUGUCACAGAGAUACUAAAUGGCUGUGGACUUCAUGCUGAAAUCGGAAUAACAGUCCUGGUAGAAAGGAGCCUCAUAAAAAUUGAAAAGAAUAACAAAUUUGGGAUUCAUGAUUUGCUAAGAGACAUGGGAAGAGAAAUUGUUCGUCAAAGUUCACCGCUAGAACCUCAGAAGCGCAGUCGAUUGUGGGUUCAUGAUGAUGUACUUGAUAUAUUGAGUGAACAAACUGGAACCGGAGUCAUUGAGGGAUUGGCUUUGAAGAUGCAAACAACCGGCGGAGUUUGUUUCAGUACUGAAACAUUUGAGAAGAUGAAGAGACUGAGACUUCUGCAACUUGAUCAUGUACAACUAGCUGGAGAUUAUGUACAUCUUCCCAAACAACUGAGAUGGGUUCAUUGGAAAGCAUUUUCAUUAACCCACAUACCGGAAAACUUUUAUCAGGAAAACAUAGUCGCCAUUGACUUAAAAUAUAGUUAUCUUAAACUAGUAUGGAAGGUGCCCCCGUUUCUGGAGAGGCUAAAAUUUCUCAAUCUUAGUCAUUCCAAGUACUUAUCAAAGACCCCAGAUUUUUCAAAGCUACCAAAUCUUGAGAAGCUCAUUCUCAAAGAUUGUCCAAGCUUGUAUGAAGUACACCAUUCGAUUGGAGAUCUAAAUAACCUCCUUCUAUUAAACUUGAAGGAUUGUACUUGCCUUGGUAAUCUUCCAAUGGUAAUCUAUAAGUUAAAGUCAUUACAAACCCUCAUCCUUUCUGGUUGUUCAAAUAUUGAUAAGUUAGAAGAAGACAUAGGGCAGAUGGAAUCCUUAACAACUCUGAUGGCAGAAAAUACUAGUCUAACACAAGUGCCUUUUGCCAUAGUAAGAUCUAAAAAGAUUGGAUACAUAUCCCUUUGUGGAUACGAAGGAUUGGCACGAAAUGUAUUUCCUUCUCUCAUAUGGUCUUGGAUGUCACAUACAAGAGGAACUUUAUCCAGUAUUCAACCAUUUGGGGUCAUGCCAACGUCUAUAGUAUCCAUGGAUAUACAGGAUAAUAAUUUGGCUAACCUAUUAUCAAACUUCAGUGAAUUUUCAAAACUUAGAAGUAUUUCUGUACAAUGCGACUCAGAUUUUCAACUAACUCAAGAAUUAAGAAUAAUGCUGCAUGGGUUAUGCAAUGUAAACUCUUCUGGAUCGGAAAAUGCAUAUCAAUCACCAAUUACAGAAAAUUCUAUGGUAUCGAAUUUGAUUGGAAUGGGAAGCUACCAGCAAGUCUUCGAUAUGCUUAGCAAUAGCAUAUCAAAGGUCUUGAGAACCAGUAGUUCCGCUGAUUUUGUGCUUCCAGGGGACAAAUAUCCUUAUUGGUUAGCAUAUACAGGGGAAGGGCAUUCAGUACCUUUUCAAGUUCCUGAAGAUAGUGAUUGUCGCAUGAAGGGAAUGCUGUUGUGUGUUGUUUAUUCAUCAACCCCUGAAAACAUGGCAACUCAAGCUCUUACUAAUGUGUUCAUCUUUAAUUACACUAAGUGCACCAUUCAGAUAUAUAAGCAAGCAACAACAAUGUUCUUUAGUGAUGAAGAUUGGCAGGGUGUAAUAUCAAAUCUAGGACCCGGAGACAACGUGGAGAUUUUUGUAGGUGUUGGUGAUGGAAUCACGGCUAAGAAAACAGCUGUGUAUCUGAUAUAUGGUCAAUCAAUUACAAUGAGAAUGGAGUUACUUGGACCAAGUGCACAAGCAUCACCGGAGUUGAGUGUGACUCUGUCACCUAAAUUGAGUGCACAAGCAUCAUCUGAGCUGAGUGUGACUCUAUCACCUAAAUCGUGUGCACAACCAAUCACUCAUGUGGGGGAGCCCACAAAGAAGCCGCAGGAAAAUAUAUUUGCAAAAUUUAGAAACAAAGUGAGAGAAUGUUCAUGUUUGAACUAGAUUAAUGGUGUGUUUGGAUGAGACAAUUUAAUAUAGUAAUUCAUUUAUUUAGAGAAU